AUGUACGUUCGAACAUCCGAACCCCAAGGUGGUGUCAUCGGUACCGGUCUCUUCCUGGGCUCUUCGGAGGCCUUGAGAUCUGGUGGUCCCAUUGGGUCUUUCCUGGGGUACAGUCUCGUUGGCUCUGUGGUAUACUGUCUAUGUGUAUCAAUCGGAGAGAUGAUUGCUUUUCUGUACGUCGUAUUGACUAUAAGAGAUCCUGUACAGAGGACUCUCAGUCUAGUGGGAAGAUCACUGACUGUAUUAGGACUAUACCUGUACAGAGGACUCUAA